GGCGGCAGCGGUGGCCAUGGCUGGCGCUCUGGCAGGUCUGGCCGCGGGCUUGCAGGGCCAGCGGGUCGUCCCCUGCCCGGACUCGGACUCCGACACAGACUCGGAGGACCCGAGUAUCCGGCGCAGCGCGAGCGGGCUGCCCCGCUCGCAGGUCAUCCACAGCGGUCACUUCAUGGUGUCGUCGCCGCACAGCGACUCGCUGACCCGGCGGCGCGACCAGGAGGGGCCCGUAGGGCUCGCCGACUUCGACCCGCGCAGCAUCGACCCCACACUCACCCGCCUCUUCGAGUGCAUGAGCCUGGCCUACAGUGGCAAGCUGGUCUCCCCCAAGUGGAAGAAUUUCAAAGGCCUGAAGCUGCUCUGCCGCGACAAGAUCCGUCUCAACAACGCCAUCUGGAGGGCCUGGUAUAUCCAGUAUGUGGAGCGGAGGAAGAGCCCCGUGUGUGGCUUCGUGACCCCCCUGCAGGGGCCUGAGGCUGACGAGCACCGGAAACCAAAGGCCGUGGUCCUGGAGGGGAAUUACUGGAAGCGGCGCAUCGAGGUGGUGAUGCGCGAGUACCACAAGUGGCGCAUCUACUACAAGAAGCGGCUCCGUAAGUCCAGCAGAGAAGGGGAUCUCCUGGCCCCAAAGCAGGCGGAAGGUGGGUGGCAGUCACCGGAGCGAUGGUGCGAGCAGCUCUUCUCCAGCGUGGUGCCCGUGCUACUGGGGGGCCCAGAGGAGGAGCCCGGCGGGCGGCAGCUUCUGGACCUCGAUUGCUUUUUGUCCGACAUCUCCGACACACUCUUCACCAUGACUCAGCCCAGCCCCAAGCCCCUGCAGCUGCCCCCCGAGGACGCCUACGUUGGCAAUGCUGAUAUGAUCCAGCCGGACCUGACACCUCUACAGCCCAGCCUGGAUGACUUCAUGGAGAUCUCAGAUUUCUUCACCAGCUACCGCCCCCCACAGACGCCCAUGCCUUCGAACUUCCCAGAGCCCCCCAGCUUCAGCCCCGUGGCCACCUCCUCCUUCAGCAGUGGGAUCCUGGGCUCAGAGGUGCCCCCUGCCUCCUCGGGCAUGACCCACCUCUCGGGGCAUAACCUGCUGCAGUGCUCAGUCCAGCGCUCAGCCAAGGCAGGAGGCUGCCCGGGUGGCCACAAAGGCCAGCUUUCUCCCCUGCUCUCUAUCUGUCCUCCCACCCAGGCUCGGAGCAGCUGCCCUGGCCCCCUGGAUUCCGGUGCCUUCCUGAGCUCUGAUUUCCUCCUUCCUGAAGACCCCAAGCCCAAGCUCCCACCGCCUCCCACACCCCCACGGCUCCUCCAAUACCCUGUCCCUGCCAAGGGGCCUGGCCUGGAGCCCCGUCCCCCACCCCACUUCCCUCCCAUGGCUCCGCCCCCUGCUGUGCUGCAGGAAGAGUCUCUCUUCUCUCCCAGAUUCUCCUUCCCUACUGUCCCUCCUGCCCCGGGAGUGUCCCCACUACCUGCUCCCACUGCCUUCCCACCCACCCCACAGCCUGGCCCAGGCCCUGCCCCCUCCUCCUUCCCCCUUCUCCCUUCCGGGUAUCCGGAGCCCCCAUUUGGGCCUCACUUCACAGUGUCCCACAGACUGCGGCCCAGAGGCAAGCCCCCCACCCCAUCCCCUAGGGGGCAGAGGCCCAGCCCCUGCACCUUGGCCCCUGCUGCUGCCAGCCCCGCUGCCACUGCUGGGGGCAACAACCCCUGCCUCACCCAGCUGCUCACAGCAGCCAAGCCUGAGCAAGCCCUGGAACCACCACUUGUGUCUGGCACGCUCCUCCGGCCCCCAGGGUCCCCGGUAAGAUGGCAGGCACUGGGAGGUGGGGGUGAGCCCCGGGGCUUCACUCCAACUCUCCGCCCUUCUCCACUCCAGCAGGAGACGGUCCCUGAGUUCCCCUGCACCUUCUUUCCCCCAAACCCGGCCCCCACACCGCCCCGGCCACCUCCCGGCCCAGCCACACUGGCCCCUCCCAGGGCCCUGAUUGUCCCCAAAGUGGAGCGGCUCUCACCCCCAGCACCCAGCGGAGGUGAGCGGCGGCUGUCUGGGGAACUCAGCUCCAUGCCAGACCCGGGGACCCUGGGCGUCCGCGUCUCUCCCCCUCAGCCCAUCCUAAGCCGGGGCCGUCCAGACAGCACCAAGACUGAGAACCGACGCAUCACACACAUCUCUGCGGAGCAGAAGCGGCGCUUCAAUAUCAAGCUGGGCUUCGACACCCUGCACGGGCUGGUGAGCACACUCAGCGCCCAGCCCAGCCUCAAGAUGAGCAAAGCCACCACGCUGCAGAAGACGGCCGAGUACAUCGCCAUGCUGCAGCAGGAGCGGGCGGCCAUGCAGGAGGAGGCCCAGCAGCUGCGGGACCAGAUCGAGGAGCUCAACGCUGCCAUUAACCUGUGCCAGCAGCAGCUGCCUGCUACCGGGGUGCCCAUCACACACCAGCGUUUCGACCAGAUGCGAGAUAUGUUUGACGACUACGUCCGGACCCGCACCCUGCACAACUGGAAGUUCUGGGUGUUCAGCAUCCUCAUCCGGCCUCUGUUUGAGUCCUUCAAUGGGAUGGUGUCCACGGCAAGCUUGCAGAGCCUCCGCCAGACCUCGCUGGCCUGGCUAGACCAGUACUGCUCCCUGCCUGCUCUCCGACCAACUGUCCUAAACUCCCUACGCCAGCUGAGCACAUCUACCAGCAUCCUGACGGACCCAGGCUGUAUACCCGAGCAAGCCGCACGGGCAGUCACAGAGGGCACCCUCGGCAACCCUUUAUAGUGCUGGCCAGACCCUGCCACUCACUCAGCCACCCUGGGGCUGCUUUCCCUGGGCAUGGGCUCCAGGGACAACUUCUGGGCACUCCCUCCUGCCCCAGGCCUUGGCUUUCUCCUUUCCCAAGGGUCGAGCAGGGCCCAAGUCUCUUCCAACCUCCUGGAAGCUGGGAAGAACUGAGUUCCAGUCCCUGCUCUGCUAGUGACUAACACUGUGACCUAAGGGACUCAUACUCCCUCUUUGGACCUCCGUUUUCCAGUCUGCAAAAUGGGGAUGGGGAAGCUUCAACCAGAAGAUGAUCUUGAGGCCUUAGCAGCUGUGACACCUGGAGGCCUAAAUUCGCAACUCUGGGAGCUUGAAGGAGGGAAGCAGACAAUCCUGUUUCCCUGUCACUUCCCCCUGCUCCCCCACAGGUGGAGCACAGGCCCCUGUUUCUGAGCAGACAAGCAGAUGAGGAGGUUCCCUCUCUCUGUGCCUUCACUGGUAGCCUGGAGGGGCUGCAGGAUGGUGUCCGUGGGUGAGGCCAGGGAGGUCUGAGCCCAGGAGAGACCCAGGCAGGGGGUGGCCAAACCAGGGCAGGCAUCUUGUGUGUGUGGGUAUGUGUGUGUGGAUUUUGUAAAGAAUUUUUAACCAAUAAAAACAAAAACUG